AUGGUAGAGUUUGCUGCAGAGCCAGGGGACUUCCUGUCAUACUGGGUCCCUUCUGGCACAGGGCCUGGCCCAGUCUUGCAGAGCUCCACCCCGCGCCCGGCUCAGGGGGCCAAAGCCUGGGCUCAGGCAGGCUUCAACCGGAAGGCAGCGCCCUCUAGCGGUCAGAGUGCAGAAACAGCAGGGCUCUGCCUGCAUCACACCAGGAUGCUCACAAGCACCAAGUGUUUUUUGUGCAAGGACAAGUUUUGAGAUUGUUCCCCUGAGACAAGCUUGAAGCAACUGAGACUUAAAUAGGAUCCUGGGAGAGAUGGUAUUAGUGAAGUAUAAUCUCAGUUGGUGUUCACCAUAAACCAAGCUAUUCCAUUGGACAGUGAGACCUACCAAUGUUGUGCCAGAAGCCGCAAGCUGGAUAUCCACCUUCAGGGCCAUUUUUGUCUAUUAAUGGUACUGAAACAUAGAGGACACCUUGAGUUUGGCCACAGUAAAUGUGUUCUCAGCUCAGGUUUCCUGAGAGCAGUCUGGAUGAUGCUGUUCACCAGCCUGGUGACCCUUCAAGCUUUGUAA